UGAGAAUCCCCAAGGGUAUAUAUCUUUGAAUAUAAGUUUUUCUUUUAGGACAAUCUUAUUAUUCUACAUUCUGCAUGUGCCCAUUAAAACAACUUUGUGGCCAGUCCAUUUGUUACUCAACACUUAUAUAUUGAAUAUGUAUUACCAAAUGAGUUGAAGUCCCUCUUAAUCUCUAUCUAAUCUUUAUCUAGGAUACUUGAUUGUCUAACUUUUCCUGUCACCUUAUGCAAAUAUAAAGAUUAUUUUGCCCUUCAAGUUCUGAUCAAACAGUAGUGAAAAUCAUGAGAUUCAGAAAUCUUCAUCUCAAGAUCAAGGCAUUUAGGUUGAAAAGGUUUUUACUAAGGGUUAUAGGCAGAAAGAGAAAGCUCAUGCCUGCAAAGAAACCUUCAUGGAUGGUACCAAUAACACAUGGUUAUCAAGUGGUGGAACAUCAUAUGAUCAUAGAUGGUUUUGAUUACUCUGACUUUGAUUCAGUUGUGGUACAAAGAGAGCAAAUGGAUCAAACAGAAUUGUGGUAUUUUGGAAUCUUUGAUCCAUUAAUUGGAGACAAGGUCACCAAGUACAUGCAGUCUCAUUUCUUUGCAAAGAAGCUUCAAGAGGCUCACAUAUGGAGAAAAAGCAAAGAAACGAUGAAGAGAGCUUAUCUUGGUGUAAGGGCAAAGAUGAGAGAAGAACAUAGAUAUGAAGAGAUGUGUAUAAUGGGUUCAGCAUCUGCUAUGGUAAUCAAUGGAGAAAAGCUUGUAAUAGCUAAUAUAGGAGAUUACAGAGCUGUUGUGUGUAGAGAUGGCAUAGCUCAUCAGUUAACUGACACAUACCAACAAUCAGCCAAAAGACAUUGGUCUCGCAGAAUAUUUUCAGGAAAUGCAGUAGCUGCAAGGCAUUUUAGCAGCUCAGAUUUUGUCAUUAGAAGUGAAAGUAUUGAUUCUGAUACUGAAUUUUUGAUAUUAGCAAGCAAUGGCAUAUGGGAGGUGAUGAAGAACCAAGAGGCAGUGAAUCUAAUAAGUCACAUAGAGGAUCCACAAGAAGCAGCUGAAUGCUUGGCAAAUGAAGCAUUAAAUAGGAUGAGCAAAGGCAACAUCUCAUGCUUAAUCAUUCGCUUUGACUCCUGACGCCUCACCUUAUUCAGUCUUGAAUUCCUGAUCAGAGUCAAAACUUUGUAUCCCAAAUUGUUCCUUAAUUACAUCAUUGACCCUUUAUUACAUUAUUACUAUUGAUCAUAGUAAGGCUAAUUGUUAGCAUGAUUCAGAUUAUUACACAUUCAACUGACUUCAACAAUUUUAGAACAGAAAAAAUAGCUAUAAUGGAAUAUUUUGAAAUAUCAUGCACAUUUCAAUUUUUUUUAGUACAACAA